AUGGAAAAGUAUGAAAAUAUUAAGCAAGUAGGAGAGGGAGCGUUUGGACAGGUUUACAAGUCCAAAAGAAUAUCUGACGGGACAGUAUUUGCAAUAAAAAAGAUGCCUGUGGACAGAGAGACAGGCUUCCCGUUUACAGCCAUAAGGGAGAUAAAACUGUGUAAGAGUGUGAUUAACAAGCACAUAAUAAAGCUCGAAGAGAUUGUGUUUGACGGGGACUUUAUAUUUGUUGUUCUUGAAUAUAUGCCAUAUGACUUGACAGGGCUUCUUGCAUCUGGCGCCAAGCUCAGUACAGAACAUACAAGAUCCAUUAUAUCACAACUUGUAGAAGCAGUUAGUUCCAUGCAUGAGCUGGGGUUGGUGCAUCGAGACAUAAAGCCCAGUAACAUCCUUAUAGACCAUAAUGGUAUGCUGAAGCUCACUGACUUUGGGCUAACCCGGGAGAUUUCGGGAAUGAUGACGAACAGGGUUUGCACACUUUGGUACAGGGCCCCCGAACUGCUACUUGGAGAAACAUCCUACAGCUUUAAAGUGGAUGCGUGGUCUGUUGGAUGCAUAAUGCUGGAGAUGAGGCUUGGAAGGCCGCCAUAUAGAGGAAAUGACGAAGUGUCACAGAUAAAGCUUAUAUUUGAGGAGCUGGGUGUCCCCCAAGACAAAUACAAGUGGUCAGAUCUUCUUGACGUUGGAAUCUAUUCAAAGUCCAAGGAUGCCCAGGAAAUAGUCACCGAAAAGUACAGAAGCCUAUUUGAUGAGGAGGAGCUGAAGGUUCUUUCUGGGUUUCUCUGUCUGACCAGUAGGAAAAGGCUAUCUGUGGUGAACUCCAGGUACUUUUCGAUAAUCUCAGCCUACAAAGACACCUAUAUCCCGUUAAACUUUGAGGAGUCUCAUGAGCUCUAUAUGAAAGAAAGAAAAGAGGCGAAAAGAGACUAA